AUGUCGCGCCCCGAAUUCGGCAGAACCGCAUCCACCAACCUCUCCGGCGGCUCCGGCCUGCGCCAGCUCGAUGGCAAGCUGGCCAUUGUCACCGGUGCCUCGCGGGGCAUCGGCGCCGCCAUCUGCGCCAACCUCGCCAGCAAAGGCGCCUCGCUCGUCAUGAACUACACGUCGGACAAGUCGGCCGAGCCGACGCAAGAGCUAGCCGCCUCGCUCGAGCGCGCGCACGGCAUCCGCGCCACGACGGUGCAAGCGGACCUGGGCAGCGAAAAGGGCGCGGCGCACAUCGUCGACGUGGCCAAAAACCGCUUCUCGCACCCCAAGACGGGCAAGUUCCAGGUCGACAUCGUCGUCAACAACGCCGGCGUCGCCGGCAACCAGACCGUCGCCGAGACGGACCCCAAGCACUUCGAGCGCCUCUUCAACGUCAACGUCCGCGGCCCGCUGCUGCUCGUCCAGGCCGUCGAGCCGCACCUGCCGACGGACCGCUCGGGGCGCGUCGUCAGCCUCAGCAGCGUGAGCAGCAGCCUGGGCUUCGUCGGGCAGAGCAUCUACGGCGCCACAAAGGCCGCGCUGGAGGCCAUGUCGCGGACGUGGGCAAGGGAGCUGGCCGAGCGCGCCACGGUCAAUUGCGUCAAUCCGGGGCCGGUCGCGACGGACAUGUAUGCCGGGAAUGGCGAGGACUUCUUCAACAUGAUCAACCCGUGGUUGAAGAACACGCCGUUGGCCCCCGUGAGGAAGGGCAUAGACCGCGAUGAGUUUGUCCAGGCGGCGCCCAAGGCCGGCGGGAGGCCGGCGUAUGAGGAGGAGAUUGCGGGCGUCGUGGUGAUGCUAUGCAGUCCCGAGGCUGGGUGGAGCACUGGAAGCGUCGUCUGCGCGAACGGAGGCAUGCGCUUCAGCACCUGA